CUUGGGCACGGCUGCUAGGCGAUAGAGAGCGGCGCGAGCAACUGGCAGGCAGACAGAUUCAGACAUGGCGGCGGCGACAGGAGGAGGUGGUGGUGGAGGUAAAAUCCGAAAUAAGAGACACCACAUCAUUAGCAAACCCUACACGAAGAACCAGGGAAUCAUUGGAAGAGUUACAAACACUGUCAAGAAUAUAGUUCCUGGAUGGCUGCAGAAAUACUUUGGAAAGGUUUCGAAGACAGAACCAGCUGAAGCAAGGGGAUCGGUAAACAAUCAUGAAAAUGUUCCAGUUCUUGUCAAUGAGACGCCACCAUUUGAUAAUGGAAGGCAUCAACCAUCGCCAACAACCGGCAGUGCAACAGUAGGCACACCAUCGAGCAAAUCUGCUUUAAAUUUCUCGGAAAUGCUGCUCCUGCGACCAGCUCUCAGUCGAGCACACUUUAAUUGUGCUGCACUAGAUACUCCAGCACAUGAUUGCCAACCGUCCACAUCCUCCUCUUUUCCUAUUGGCAAUUCAGGAUUCUCACUGGUAAAGGAAAUCAAAGAUUCUGGCUCUCUACAUGAAGAUGAUAACAUCUCCACAACAAGUGGUUUCUCUUCCCGAGCUUCUGAUAAGGAUGUGAUAACUUCAAGGAAUGCUUCUUUACCACCUUUAUGGUCCCCAGAAGGGGAACGCUUUCAUUCAGUUCCCCAACAAUCAGCUACGAGCUUGAAAAGGCCAUCUUUUAAUCUGUCUGCUUUUGGAAGUUCACCUCCAUCUUUUAUUAGUACUUCUUUACUAAAUUCAAGCCAGCUUGGGGAUUCUCCUUUCUAUCCUGGCAAGACUGCAUAUGGUGGGGCUGCAGCAGCAGGAAGAACUUCCCAAACACUAGGUACACCUUACCAGGUUCCAAUAAGGAGACAGAUGAAAGCAAAGCCAGCAAGUUCACCAUCUUAUGGAGUGACUAGUGCCACUGCCAGACGCAUCCUUCAAUCUUUAGAAAAGAUGUCAAGUCCUUUAGCGGAUGCUAAAAGAAUUCCAUCUACAGUGAUAUCUCCAUUGCCUAUAUCCUUGGAGAAAAGUACUGUAGAUGUGACUGGCUGGCAGUCCAAGAUGAGAAAGCUGGAAACACAGGGCCCUCCAGUCCAGAAACUUCAAACACCUGUGAUUGUUUCUGGACCUGCAAAUAGAUCCAUCUUUUUUAAACCAUCUCUGACCCCCGGAGGGCAGGGUAAUAGACAUAUUGACAGGACAGAAAUUCAAAACAAUAGAACAAGGGAGAAAUCACCUGCCCCUGAAAUUAGCCUUCAAGCAACAAAAAGUGAUAGCAGCUGUUCAUAUCAAGUAAUUGGUUCUCAUGCAACCAAUGGUCUCACAUUUGGGGGAGCUGGAGGAAAAAUGAAGAGAGAUAAAGGACAUUAUUCAUCCAGAGGUGCACAGGAAGUACAGGCCUCAGCCCCAGAACUGCCAGAAGUAUCUUUACCAAUUAAAAGUACUGCAUUGCCUACCUUCAACUUUGGCCCCCCUUCCACAGCUGUAUCACCUGUGACAACUACUGUAACAAAAUAUUUUACUGACAAGGCAGUGGUAUCCAGUCCUAACAGUGUUGCCUUCACCUUUUCUACACCGAACAUAAAAGCAACUAAGGCAAAUCUGCAACCUGUUUCGGUAUCUACUGGAUUUACCUUUAGUGAGCCGAUUGACAAAUCAGUUCCAUUUGUUUUUGUAUCUGCCAGACCUUCCAUUAAUGCAGCAAAAUGCACCACAUCGCCUUCUAUUUCUACACCAACAAACGAGAGUAAAGGUGAAGAAUGUGAUGGACCAUUGAAACCUGCUAAAACUUUGAAGCAAGGCAGUGUCUUAGACAUUUUAAAAGGGCCUGAAUUCACUUCGCCUUCGUUGUCCACACAAUGUAUCACCAAGUCCUUGGACAAUGCACCAGCUACUGUGAAGCCUUUGCCAUCAACUACUGGAAAAAGCAGUUCCUCCAUUGAGAGCUCAAGCACCUUUGGAUUUGGAGAUAAGUUCAAACCAGCUGAAGGUUCCUGGCAAUGUGGCUCCUGCUUUCUACAAAACAAAAGCACAGAUAGUAAAUGUGUUGCUUGUCAGACUGCUAAAUCUGCACUUCCUGUACAGACUAAUAAUGAGUCAGCCAACAGAGACAAAGCUACAUCUAAAGAGACUUCAUUGAGUUUUGGAGACAAAUUCAAACCUGCAAUGGGUACAUGGGGCUGUGACAUCUGUUUGGUUCAAAACAAAUCAGAAGCUGUAAAAUGUGUGGCUUGUGAAACACCAAAACCUGGAACUGGAGUAAAAUCUGCACUGACUUUGCCUGUGGUAACUGAAAGUACAAGGAUCAGAGAGCCAAACACUUCCAGCAGUACUUCUGUGGGAUUGGGAUUGGCAGAUCAGUUUAAGAAACCUGAAGGUGUUUGGGACUGUGCCGUGUGCCUCUUACAAAACAAAGCUGAAGACAGCAAGUGUGUGGCUUGUCAGUCUACUAAGCCAGGUGUUUCAUCUGUUGUAGCCAACAUUUCAGCUACAACGCCAACAGAAGGAAUUCUGGGAUUUGGUGACAAAUUCAAGAAGCCAACAGGGUCCUGGGAUUGUGAAGUCUGCUUCGUUCAGAACUCAUCAAGCGUAAACAAAUGUGUGGCUUGUAAGACUGAGAAAACAGGCAUCAAGAUUGAAUCUAAAGGGCUUGGCUCUUCUUUAUUAUCGACUGCUGCUUCACCAUUCAUCAGCGGCAUCCAGCCCUCAACAGUGGACUCUUUGCAAAGUAAAGAUGGUGCUGCAGGUUUUAAAUUCGGAAAUCAGGGCGGUUUUAAAUUUGGGGCAUCGGAUUCCAGUGCAUCAACCAGUGCCUUUGGAGGACUUAAAUUUGAAGUUACAGGGGGGUUCAAAUUUGGAGUUACUUCAACAGAGAAGAAUUCAGAGGGAAACAAAAAGGAUAACUCCAAAAUUUCUAGUGGUGGGUUUAAAUUUGAAGUAGCUGCCUUUGGUAACAAGCCGGCUUCAACUACUACUAAGUUUGGUGCCUCUGAUACAGGUCAGCAAAAUAAGAAAAGUGAUGUGGCAUUUGGGGGUUUUAAGCUUGAUGCUGGUGGAACAAUCAAAGCUGAGGACAAGAGUGCACUGAGUGGCUUUAAAUUGGGCACAGAGGGGAAGAAAGAAACCUCGGUAGUGCAGUUUCAGCUUGACAAAGCAGAAGAAAGGAAAGAUGGGACAACUGUGAAUGCAGUUAAAUUUGAGAAAACAAUAGAUCAGGAGACUGUGGCAGCUUCAGCUUUUAUGUUUGGAAAAUCAGAUGAAAAACAGGACACUUUGAGCUCUGCACCAAUUGUAUUUGGUAAAAGAAAAGAUAUUGAACAGCUACAACCUGAACUUACUUUUAAAAAGCCAGAGCAAACCAAAGAAUCAGCAUCUUUGUCAGACGUUUCAAAACCAGAAGCUAAAUCUGGAUUUACUUUCAACUUGGUUAAACCUGCUGAGAAACCAGAAGCUACAGAAACUGUACAGCAAGGAUUUGUGUUUGGGGCUGCAGUAAACACUUCAGAACAAGGAGUUACAAAACCAACUUUCAACUUAUUUAGCAACAGUUCUUCCACGCCUGCAGCAGCAAAUGCUGGGGGUUCCACACCCUCCAUAUUUGGUAAUUCUGCACUUGCAACAAACCCACCGUUUUUAUUUGGACAGGCUAGCGCCACAAUGGGUAGUGCAAAUCUUGGAAGUAGUUCUGAAUCAAUUGUUGCUGCAACCAAGCCAUUUUUAUUUGGCUCACAGGAUGUUAAAUCAACUGUCAGUACGUCAAGUGCAGGGGCCUCCGUUGUACCAUUCUCAUUUGGCUCAGCACCCAGCAAUAACACUGCUACAUCAUCUGUGUUUACGUUUGGAGCUUCAACUACUACAUCCAGUUCAACAGGUAGCUCAUCAAACCCUAUCUUUGCUUUUGGAUCAAGUUCUACAGUUGCAGCAAAUCCUUCACCUUUUGGUAGCACACAGACCCCUGUCCCUUUAUUUGGACAAAGCAGCAGUCAGCCACCAGCUGCCUUUGGUUCCUCUGGUGCACCUACCUUUGCAUUCUCGACCGGUUGUCAGCAACCUGCCUUUGGUUCACAGUCUACCAAUAGUCAACCAUCUCUAUUUGGAGGACAGUUACCUAAUCAGCAACCCACAUUUGGUUCAACUUCAUCUACCUCGAGUAACAGUUUCCAGUUUGGAAAUAGUAGUGUUGGUUUUAACUUCAACGCCACCAAUUCAUCAAAUGAGGUAUUUAAAUUUGGAUCUCCUUCAACGGGAGCAUCACAGCAGCCUGGCCCCACUGGUGGCUUCCAGUUCAACCCAGCCCCUGGAUUCACUGUUGGGGUUGGCAGCACCAAUCCUUUUUCUACAACAUCUAGUGGCCGUUCAACUGUUACUGGUCGGAAGAUAAAGACUGCUGUUAGACGCAAGAAGUAGUUGUCACAACUGUUUAAAAAACAGCUAAUUAUUGAAAAUGUAUUUUCUAUAAAGAGCUGGUGCCCUGCAUUAAUUGAAUUGUACCUCCUUCUGGGCUUUAUCAGAUCUACCUAGGACCAUUUGAACCUGCAUAUAAUUGGUCGCUGCUUUUAGUUGCCUGGUGAUGGGUGGACUGUAGAUUUUUUUGUGAGAUCCCAGCAGUGUCAUUAGUUAAAGACUUGGCAUGGUCUGGCUACAAACAACCUGCAAAGUGAAUGGCUUUGUGUAUUGAUACCUCUUCAUCUGCACCACUAGAUAUUGUUCAUAAACCACCCAAUUGUACUGAAAGGUUUGUACAGACUGUAGAGCAUCAGUGAGAAUAGGGGCUGGUAAUUCUGCAAAGGUUUCAUCACAGUAUGUGAAGUAUGUGAAUGUGUAGAUGUUAAAUGGAUGGCCUGUUGUGCACUGAUGUUUUCUGACUGCAGAAUGAUUGAAGAAUCAUACUUGGAGGACUUCAAAUGAAUUGUCUUCAUUUCAUAGAACAUGUGCUUUUUAAAUUCUGUUUAUGCUUUUUUGACUUAUUUCAUUUUAUUACAAACUAUUAUGUACAUAUCUUAUGAUUUUCGGUCAAUCUACCAUUCUUGGACAAAAACACAAAUCUGUGAACUUGAAUUAUUUUUUUGUUAUAGCAGUAUGUUUUUCGUUCAGUAUUGUCUAUUAGAAGAUUUUAUUAUGUAAAUCUCAUUAUUCAAAGUUGCCUAAUCCAUUUAACAUCCUUUCUGAUUAAAAAAAUUGGGAACUCUUUAAAGUUUGCGUAUUGGCUUUUGUGAUCCACUUUUGUUUGGACCAAAACAGUGUUGUACAAAGUAUUAACUAUAUAUUUUUAUAUUUGUUUAAAUGGACUAUGGUGACUUUGGAUAAUAAGGAGAACAAUUUAAUAUUAAAGCCAUGUUUAUUACUGUAUGAUUAACAAAACCAUGGGAUAAACGCCAUCAAUAAAAAUGAAGAAAUAGCAAAAUCA